UUCGGUUUUGCAAUAUCAUAAUGAAAACACCCCCAGCGACACACGGCCUGGGUGCAAUCUACUAGUAUGCAUAAUUCCAAACCUCAGGACAUAUUCAACUCACUGUUUCAUUGUUUAGCCAGAUCAGUGUUCCAACUCUCAACAUGAAGAUACCAGUUGUUGAUUUUGGAGCAUACAAGUUAGGGGAAAACGAUGUCUCAGGCGAGCAGUUAGAGAUCCUGAGCAGGCAGUUGAAAACGGCUUUUACGGAAGUGGGAUUUGUUUAUCUGAAGAAUACUGGGAUAGUACAACUAGACGUGGACGGGGUUAUGGACAUAUCCAAGAAAUUCUUUCUGCAACCAGACGAAAUGAAACUGCCUUUCAGCAGGAAAAGCUUCUCUAUUAAUCCUAACCAUGGCUGGGUGUCUUUGGAGACGGAGAGUUUAAAUCCCAAGAGACCAGGAGACCUAAAGGAAUCCUUCAACACUGCAUCCCUUCAUCCAGACAUAAAAUGGCCAUCGUGGGAAGGAGGGAAUGGAUUCUUUGAGAUCCAGUCGUCGUUCUUCCUGCGCUGUAAGGACCUGUGUCUCCGGGUGCUUCGUGUGAUGGCCUACAGUCUGGGCCUGGAGGCUGAGGUCUUCCUAAGUGCACACAGACACAUAGGGAGUGAUAAGAACAGCAGUACCCUGAGGUCGCUGUAUUACCCCUCGGUGAGGAGUGACAGGGUGAAGGAGGACCAGUUGCGCUGUGGAGAACACUCUGACUAUGGCAGCAUCACCCUGGUCUUCCAGAGUCAAGAGGGUGGCCUGCAGGUGCGUACCAGGUCAGGGGAGUUCAUCUCCGCUCCCAGCAUCCCUGGGACAGUACUGAUCAACAUAGCUGACCUGAUGCAGAGGUGGACCAGUGAUGUUUUCCUCUCAGCGGUCCAUAGGGUUUUGCUGCCCCCCGCUGGAGACUUGAGCACACGGCAGUCCCUUGUUUUCUUUGUGCAGCCAGACGAUGAAGCCCUCAUCACCUGUUUUGACGGGUCCGACAAAUAUCCCCCUGUGAAGUCAGGGGCCUAUCUCAUGGAACGCUUCAAUGACUCUUAUGGGAGGAAGUGACCUUUAUCUAUCCAGCAUUAAUUAUUUUGUGUUAUGCAAUUAUGUCAGUGAAACAGAAUGUCAGUAAAGAGAAUUUCCUUUUAAAUCCAUGAAGUGAAGUGGGAGAGAGAGAAUCAGAUAAAGUUGUGGAGAUAAAGGAAUAUGUGAGCAAAAACCCUCCCAAGUACAGAUACUGUAUGUAGAACCGUAAUAAAGCCCAGCAUGGACUAUCAAUACAGAUACUGUAUGUAGAACCAUAGUAAAGCCCAGCAUGGACUAUCAAUACAGAUACUGUAUGUAUAACCAUGGUAAAGUCCAGUAUGGACUAUCAACACAAAGUGACCAUUUAGAUUGGGGCCCAGUUCAUUGAGAGGAUGUCUUAACACAACUGGGGGAUGACAGACAUGAAGUGAGUGGGUGGAGAUAAUAUUAUUUUUAUAAUGAUGAAUUGUUGAUAUUGAUGAGGCAACCACUAACAUUAACAUUACAGUGUGAUAUUCUAAUUAGGUAACUACAAACAUUUAGGGGCUGGCGCAGCAGUCUAAGGCACUGCAUCUCAGCGCUAGAGGUAUCACUAUUGACCCUAGUUCGAUUCCAGACUGUAUCACAACCGGUCGUGAUUGGGAGUCUCAUAGGGCUGCGCACAAUUGGCCAAGCAUCAUGGUUUGGCCGGGGUAGGCCGUCAUUGUAAAUAAGAAUUUGUUCUUAACUGACUUGCCUAGUGAAAUAAAGUUUUGAACGUUUUUUUUACUAUUUUAUAUGACUAGUAUCUAUGUGGAAUCUACUAUAGUUUAAACAGCUCCGUUAUAGACCACACCAGCAUGACUAGUAUCUAUGUGGACCCUACGACAGUUUAACCAGCUCAGCUAUAAACUACACCAGCAUGACUAGUAUCUAUGUGGACUCUACUACAGUUUAACCAGCUCAGCUAUAGACUACACCAGCAUGACUAGUAUCUAUGUGGACCCUACUACAGUUUAACCAGCUCAGCAGUCCAGAGAAAUAAAACCCAGGAUAGAGGGGCUGAGUGAAUGUGGUCUGGACUCUGUGGAGGAGGGUCCCGUCUCUCACAGUUGAAGUGUACCUAUGAUAAAAAAUUACAGACCUCUACAUGCUUUGUAAGUAGGAAAACCUGCAAAAUCGGCAGUGUAUCAAAUGCUUGUUCUCCCCACUGUAAAUAUGAACUUUAUCGAACAAAGCAUACAUGUAUUGCGUAACAUGAAGUCCUAUGAGUGCCAUCUGAUGAAGAUCAUCAAAUGUUAGUGAUAAAUUUUUUUCUCUAUUUCUGCUUUUUGUGACUCCUCUGUUUGGCUGGAAAAUGGCUUUGUUUUUCUGUGACUAGGCGCUGACCUAACAAUCUUAUGGUAUGCUUUCGUCGUAAAGCCUUUUUGAAAUCGGACACUGUGGUGGGAUUAACAACAAGUUUUUCUUUAAAAUGGUGUAAUACUAUGUUUGAGGAAUUUUAAUUAUGAGAUUUCUGUUGUUUGAAUUUGGCGCCCUGCACUUUCACUGGCUGUGUCACGCCCUGGCCAUAGAGAGGCUUUUAUUCUCUAUUUUGGUUAGACCAGGGUGUGACUAGGGUGGGCAUUCUAGUUUCUAUGUUUUCUAUUUCUUUGUGUUUGGCCAGGUGUGGUUCUCAAUCAGAGGCAGCUGUCUAUCGUUGUCUCUGAUUGGGAAUCAUACUUAGACUUUUUUUCCUUUCGCAUUUGUGGGUAGUUGACUUUGUUAGUGGCACUAUAGCCCGAGUUAAACUUCACGGUCGUUUCCUUGUUUUGUUGGCAACAGUAAUUUAAAAUAAAAAUACAUGUACACUCA